CUGUACUACCCCUAGGCACGGCUUCACCUAUACCGUCUGGUUACGAUACUAAAGCGCAUGGAACGGCAGCAUUUGGAGAAGAAUAGCGACCAAGAUGACGGUACAAAGCCUUAUUACUCAUGGAAAUUGAAUGCUUUUGAAGGCGUCCAUUUGGCGUUCUAUGGGGACGGCCUUGACUCAACAGGCUUCACACAUUUCGUACCCAUUCAUUCUGUCGGUACUGGCGACAUAUCUGCAUCUACCAAUGUAACUAGUGUGGGCUCGAACGAAUCAGGGUCAUCAAGAUUGAAUUUCGAAAUGUCGUCCUCCUUGCACGGUGCUUCAACUAACACAAGCAUUUCCGGCGCUGCGAACUCGGGUGGAGCCUCUUUCCCCUCAGGGGCGAUAGGACGCCAGGAUUCAAUAAAGGAGACCUCCGAAGACCGUACAACAUUGCUGGGCACCGAAUCUCUUCAACGCCCUGAACGUCAGCCUGAUACGGCGACAACAGGAUGCGCAGACUUGCCAGUGACACCUCGCGCUGGCAUCUUCCUGAACAAACAAUUAUCUGUCGGUCGUUAUAAUCAAGUUUGGCGUGGUCACGCUCUUGUCGAGUCACUUGGAGAAGAGACGAUAGAGAUAGUGGUGAAAAUUGCGAUCGAUGAGCGAAGCGGUCGCAAGCUGAGGCAGGAACUAGAAGCAUACAAGAUUUUGCAUCAUCACCCAGGCAUUGCACCACGGUGCUUUGGGCUGUACGAAGACAGUACGGGCACGACCAUCUUAGUCCUGGAGUACUGCGGCACUGCGUUAGAGGAUUUUGAUCUCGAUUUGACGACCCGAGAAGCAAUCUACCAUCAGGUCGUCGAGUUACAUAAAGCCGGAAUCGUUCACGAUGACCUUUCACCGUGCAAUAUCCUAUUGCAGGAUAAUUCUACCGUUCGGAUCGCAGAUUUCGAGGAGUUUUGGCCAGGACACCGUCUCAUGUGGCUCUUUCAUGAGGCGUUGCUGUCUACAUCCGUGUUUGAAGUUCUGUAG